GGUUAAUGAGGGGCCCGUUUCAUGAUGCCCCACACGUACGUCCUGCUGGGUGUCCUGUACCUGGUGCAGGGCUUCCCCUAUGGGCUCCAGUCGGGCCUCCUCCCGGUGCUGCUGAGGACUAAAGGGCUGUCUCUGUCCCACAUCGGCCUGACCCGAAUACUCUACUUACCGUGGCUGCUCAAGGUGCUUUGGUCGCCAUUAAUAGACCGACAGUGGAGCCGCAGGACGUGGUUGUUGCUAAGUACCGGGGGUCUGUCCCUCUGUUGCCUCCUGUGCUCCAUGCUGCCCCCUGGCGCUGACUUCUCCCUGCUGGCGUGGCUCCUCCUCCUCAUGCACGUGCUCUCCUCCCUGCAGGAUGUGGUAGUGGACGCGGUGGCGGUGGCGGCUCUGACCCAGGAGCAGGUGGGCCUGGGCAAUUCUCUCCAAGUGGUUGCCUAUAAGCUGGGCUCAGUCAUUGCUGGGGGGGGAGCCCUGACCGUGCUGGAGCUUCUGGGCUGGAGACAAGUCUUCCUGCUGCUGACAUUGGGGUACCUCCUGGGGGCGCUCUGUGCUUUAUCUUCUACAGCCAUUCUGAGGCCAAAUCCACAGCAACCAAAAGUCCAUAAACAGCCAUCGGAGGGGGCAACGCUGGGAGAUUUGGCUGUGAAAGUGUUUCGAGUCCCCGGCACAAGUUGGGCUGCUGCCUUUGUCCUAAUCUACAAACUGGGGGAGCAGGGGUCUCUCAGUAUGGUUCCUCUGCUGCUUCUGGACCACGGAGUUUCUCCAGCAAAGCUUGGGUUCUGGAAUGGGAUCGUCUCGCUGGGACUCUCUAUCGCUGGCUCUGCCUUGGGCGGGGCUUUGCUGUCUCGCGGCAGGUCGCUACUCACAGUGCUGAGAGCAGUUUUAUCCCUGCGGCUCCUCUGCCUCAUGUUACAGACUUUCCUUCUGUCAGUCCUGAGUGGCAGCUCCCCGGGCAGCACCCAGAUUAUGGGAGAUAGCAGCACCCUGAAUGACCUGGUGCUCCUUACGGUGGUGGCGCAGCAUUUCCUGGCCGGGGUUGUUACCACGGUAACAUUCAGCCUGAUGAUGUACUGCACCCAGCAAGCCGAGCACCAUGUUCAGGCCGCUCAUUACAGCCUCCUCUCCUCCGCUGAGGUCCUGGGAAAAGUUUUCUUUGGAGCAGUUUCGGGGAUCGUGGUUGACUGUUUGGGGGUGUCUGUCUCCUUCUGUUUGUUCAUCGCCCUGUCCUGCGCGCCCCUCCUCCACCUGCACAAACCCCCCCUCUUCCUGCGAUGAUUCCGCUGCUCUGAACCCCACAAGGGCCUCCUGUCAGAACCACAAACCUACUGGUGCCGGGACAUUGCCCCCCAUGCUUGCACCCAUUCCAUGUUUCCAAGGGGGCCCAAGAGACCCACAAGGGACCUAAAGAGACCCACAAGGGGCCCAAAGAGACCCACAAGGGGCCCAAAGAGACCCACAAGGGGCCCAAAGAGACCCACAAGGGGCCCAAAGAGACCCACAAGGGCCAUAGAGACCCACAAGGGGCCCAAGAGACCCAAAGGGACCUAAAGAGACCCACAAGGGGCCCAAAGAGACCCACAAGGGGCCCAAAGAGACCCACAAGGGGCCCAGAGAGACCCACAAGGGGCCCAGAGAGACCCACAAGGGGCCCCGAGAGUCCCACAAGGGGCCCCAAGAGACCCACAAGGGGCCCCAAGAGACCCACAAGGGGCCCAAACAGACCCAAAGGGGCAGAAAAGAAAUGACAGAAGAAUAACAGAAUCUUUCCCUAUGUCAGUAUUUUGCCUCCGGCGUCUGAUUGGCAGUUGCUUGUAGCCGAGGGCCCGGGAUUGGGGGGCUGUGGGGAGGGGGUUCCUCACCCCCCCGUUUGCUUGUUGCCUCCCACACAGACCGGGCGGGAUUUACUGCUCCAGUUGAACUGAAGGGAAGUUUUGUUUUUCACAGAUAUUCCGGCCUUGGAUUUGUUCCCUAAUUACUGAGAGAAAAGGAACAAUAAAGGGACAAUAAAGAGUA